AUGCAGCAGAUCGACCCAGCGGCCUUGAGCCGGACAGAAGACUCUGCUCCCGCCGUAACUUCAUCGAAAAGCUCCGCACCGGCUCAGAAACUAAAAGCGCUGAUAUCUGUGUCGCGACUGGACUUGGGGCCAACCUAUAUUGAGCUCAGAAGCGCAAUUGGGGGCGACAAAUGGGCUGAGUACAAGGAGGCCACCACCCUCUUUCUACUAGGACAAUUGAAUCAAGAUGAGCUCGCAUCGCGCAUUGAUCCGAUAAUAUGCGCCGACCAGAAAAUCGAACACCUCCAUAAUAAUUUCGUAUGCGCGAUUAUUGCCAACCUUACAAGAGAUCUCCCCGACCAUGGAGUUGCUAGUUGGGUAUCGGCAAAUGACAAGCCGUCCGUGGUAUCGAAACCAACCUCUGGGGAUGCCGCCGAACAGCGACUCAAGACGGAGGUUAUGCAAUUACCUCCAAGAGAUCGCCGACGGAUCAAAGCGAUCCCGGAGCGCGAACCCCACGAAACUGUACGUCAUGAACUGGAGGAGUAUCACCUGGCCAAGCAGAUAAAAUUACCAAGUCAGGUACCAGCAAGCGCCGGCGGCUUGAACAUGACAAACUGGGAGUUAGAAGUCCGAAAACGUUAUGCGCAGCCGCUCGCAUCAGAAACCGGCGAAUUUCCGGACGCUGAAUCAAUACACGCUCGAAUGACUCCUAUCUGCUACGAAGAGUCAGUUGUUAAUGGUGCGGGUGUCGCGUGCGCCGAGUUCAUGGCGAUAGCAACUGAGACAUUUGUUAAGGAGGUGCUUUCAGUCGUAUUUGCCCGGACGAGAUCUAAUGGUCCUUCUGGUACCAUCAAUGGUAUGAUGAAACGGUCAUAUAAGCAGCAACUGGAGCGUGAAGAGUUGGCCUUUACUCGUGGUGAAAUUGCCAAAGACGGUGCAACUGGGCUGCUUCCUGUCGAGGCUAAGGAAGCUAGUACUCGCAGCUCCCUUGGGGUUCGCGACCUCCGACUAUCACUAGAGCUCGGAAGCGGAGUCUUAAGCCAUAUGCCGUUACUUGUGGACCAGAUCAUGGGAGGCUACCUCGAAGACGAGUUGGAGGCUGACAAGCGAGAUCGUUUUGAUGAUAUCGAUGACACGGAGCCCAUGAACAUGGUGGACGAUAUGGAUGUAGACGAAGCAGAUUGGGGUUGGGAGGGAGCCACGUCGGGCGAUCACCAACACUUGAGCUCUUUACUGGACGAAUGUCUAUCAAUGGCCUCUUGA